CUGGUCUGGUCUGACUGAUCCAGCCUCCAAACCCAGGGGCUUGUGGUACGGACACUCUGGAGAGGAGGAACGCCAAGACAUACUGCCUUGCCCCUAACAGAAUGGCCACAGACAUAAUAUUACAUGAUACAGAACCCUUGGGUCACUGACACCUGUGACUGCUGGAUGUCUGUAGUGACUGCUGGACGCCUGUAGUGACUAGCAUUAUGGGAUGUGGCACCUCCGUCACCACUGACAACAAGGGGAGGAGACUGACAACAGACAAGACGGCCAAGAACACUUCCAGCCCCGCACUGGCUAUGAAGGCAGCCAUCCUGAUCCAGCGCUGGUACAGACGCUACAUGGCCAGGUUAGAGAUGAGACAGAGAUACACCUGGAACAUCUUCCAGUCUAUAGAGUAUGCUGGGGAGCAGAACCAGCUACAGCUCUCCAGUUUCUUCAGUUUCAUGCUGGACAACGUCACUCAACUCAAUGGGAAUGGCCCAGAUCUGAUCUCCCACCUGCUGGACCCAGUGGUUGACCCGUGGUCAGACAGAGAGAGACAGACCAUGUAUGAACAGAUCACUGUUCCUGAGUCCUACAGCGGUCCUCACCUCACCUUCCCCCUCACCGUCUCUCACACCAACGCCCUGCUCUCUGCAUUCAAAGAACAACAGCCUCUCCAUGGCAGAUACAUGCUGCAGUUGUUACACCAGACUAAGAAGCUCCUGAAACAGAUGCCAAACAUCAUUCACCUGUCCACACCCUACGCCAAGGAGAUCACAAUAUGUGGAGAUUUACAUGGCCGACUAGAUGACUUGCUGCUCAUAUUCUACAAGAACGGCCUCCCCUCGGCAGAGACGCCGUACGUGUUCAACGGAGACUUUGUGGACCGAGGGAAGAAGUCUGUGGAGAUCAUCAUCCUGCUGUUUGCCUACCUGCUCCUCUACCCUGACCACAUGACCUUGAACAGAGGCAACCACGAGGACCACAUCAUGAACCUCCGAUAUGGAUUCACUAAAGAAGUUAUGCAGAAGUACAAGACACAUGGCAGGGACAUCCUACUGCUGAUCCAGGAUGUGUUCAGCCUCCUCCCCAUAGCAACAGUCAUCGAUAACAAAGUGCUCAUCGUCCAUGGAGGAAUAUCAGACAUGACAGACCUGGAUUUCCUCAGCUCUAUAGAGAGACACAAGGUGAAAUCUGCCCUGAGGCUUCCUAGGACGAGUCUGAACCAUCUGGAGGGCCAGCCAGAGAGCCCCCGGUGUAGGAGUAAGGGCCAGGCAGAGAGCCCCCGGUGUAGAAGCAGGGGUCAGGACCAUGGCCAGCCAGAGAGCCCCCGGUGUAGGGGCCAGCCAGAGAGCCCCCGGUGUAGGGGCCAGCCAGAGAGCCCCCGGUGUAGGGGCCAGCCAGAGAGCCCCCGGUGUAGGGGCCAGCCAGAGAGCCCCCGGUGUAGGGGCCAGCCAGAGAGCCCCCGGUGUAGGGGCCAGCCAGAGAGCCCCCGGUGUAGGGGCCACCCAGAGAGCCCCCGGUGUAGGAGCAGGGGCCAGGCAGAGAGCCCCAGGUGUAGGAGCAGGGGUCAGCCAGAGAGCCCCAGGUGUAGGAGCAGGGGCCAGGCAGAGAGCCCCAGGUGUAGAAGCAUGGGUCAGGACCAUGGCAACAUCCCCAAGAAGAGACGUCACCUCACCAGACAGGGCAGCUCUUCCUCCUCAUCCUCGCUCUGCUCCCCCCGGGGGUCGUCCCGCCUCACUCUGCGCCGCUGCCUUUCUCCCAGCAUGCUGAGUUCCACCGACAACCUCCAGGUGCCCUUCCUGGACUCCUUCACUGCCCUCCCCGUCCGUCAGCCGCCCAGGGAGGAGUUGGAGUGGAAACAGGUAGUAGAUUUGCUGUGGAGCGACCCGAAGAGCCAGCCAGGCUGCAGUCCCAACACCUUCAGGGGAGGAGGCAGUUACUUCGGGCCAGACGUGACCAGACGCCUGCUGGAGAGACACGGCAUGACUCUGCUGAUCAGAUCACAUGAGUGUAAACAAGAGGGCUACGAACUCUGCCACGAUGGACAGGUGAUCACCAUUUUCUCUGCGUCUAACUACUAUGAGGAGGGUAGUAACCGUGGAGCCUACCUUAAGCUGGGCAGAGAGCUGGUCCCUCGCUUCUUCCAGUACCAAGUCAGCAGGAACACCAGGAAACUCACCCUUACUCAGAGGGUGAAUGUGGCAGAGGGUUCGGCUGUAAGGGCUGUACAGGAGAAGCUGUUUGCCCACCGCUCAGAACUCAUGGCUGCCUUUCAGCAGUAUGACACAAGUAACAGUGGCUGUAUCUCUAUCUGUGAGUGGGCCCUGGUGGUGGAGUCAGUCCUGAGACUGGACCUGCCCUGGAGGACUCUGCGCCCGCGCCUGGCACAGCUGGCACCAGAUGGCAGAAUCGACUACCAGUCCUGCUUCGAGGACAUGGGCCCGGGACAACCCAUAGCCCAGGUCACUCCAAACUUGGCUGAAACUCUUUACAGAUAUCGAACAGACCUUGAGAUUAUCUUCAACAUCAUGGACAAAGACCACUCUGGUCAGAUUUCCAUCGAGGAGUUCCGUCAGACCUGGCGUCUGUUUAGUGCUCACCUAGGUGUGGAGGUGGAUGACCGGGCCAUAGAUGAACUGGCUAAGAGUAUAGACUUCAACAAGGAUGGCAGCAUCGACUUCAACGAGUUCCUAGAGGCCUUCAGGGUGGUGCACAAACUGGAUGUCAAGGACCAAACAGCAGGGCUGAGAGAAACCUUGUUGUAGACCUGAAGACUCACAUUAGCUACCCGGGCUAAUGACUUGGCUUUAGCUCAGUGAGCCAACACUGGAAGCAAGGCUGAGAGAACUACAAAGACCAGAGGCUAGGCUGAAAAAGCUACAAAGACCAGCGGCUAGGCUGAGAGGACUACAAAUUACAGCGGCUAGGCUGAGAGAAAUACAAAGACCAGCGGCUAGGCUGAGAAAGCUACAAAGACCAGCGGCUAGGCUGAGAGAAAUACAAAGACCAGCGGCUAGGCUGAGAAAGCUACAAAGACCAGCGGCUAGGCUGAGAAAGCUACAAAGACCAGCGGCUAGGCUGAGAAAGCUACAAAGACCAGCGGCUAGGCUGAGAAAGCUACAAAGACCAGCGGCUAGGCUGAGAAAGCUACAAAGACCAGCGGCUAGGCUGAGAAAGCUACAAAGACCAGCGGCUAGGCUGAGAGGACUACCAAGACCAGCG